AUGGGCACAGCUGCCCUCGCCACGGUACCGGGCCUGCUCGUCUCGCCCGCCGCAUCCCAGCUCGCCCCUCCUCCGCCUCGAGCCAGCUUCGCCUCGCCUCAUCAGUCAACGUGCCCCGUUCUCGCUUCUGCCACUCGCACAAGGGCUCGACGAGGCGACUACGGCGACUUUGGCCCAGGCGAUUAUGGCUGGGGCACCGACGUCGUCACGACGACGCUCACGACUCACGUGACCGACCACGAUCCCGAGGUCACGACGACUGUUUGGACGACUUUGGGCGUCCCGGCGAGCGAGACGACGGGCAGCGUCGUCUGGGUCACGGUCUAUGAAGGUCCGUCGACGACCCUCACCCUCACGCCGCAAGUCGUCACCGCCACGGUCUUCCCGACCUCGACCUCGCUCGCCACGUCGACCAUCGUCGAAGCGCGCACGACCUACGAGACGCAGACGACGCUCACGACCGCGACCGUGCCCGCCUUGUCGACAACCGUCGCAGGCCCUUCCUCGUCCAGCUCGUCCGAAACGCUCCCGACCACGCCGCCGCCGUGGCUCACCCUGUCAUCGACCGCGACCCCGACUACUUCGGCAACCACUCGUACACGGUCAACGUCGAGCGCCGCCAACCCGUCGGCGCCAGCGGCGCCGGCAGAGGCGGACUGCCAGCCGGGCGACGAGAACGAGCGCGAGCCUGGGCUGUUCAACCUGACCAAGGAGCAGGCCUUGACUCUCUUCGUCGCCGGCAUCUACGCUCUCGGCAUCCUCAUCUCGUGGAACCUGUUCGGGAUCCGCCACCUCCUGUACCCGUUCAAGUCGUUCACAGCCCUCGUCCACGAGUCGGGACACGUCGUCGGCAUCCUCGUCUCGGGCCAGCCGCUUCACCGGUGCACGAUCGACCCGAACGUCGGCGGUGCGACCAACACGGUGCCUGGGAGGACGCUGCGCGCGCCAGGCCUGUACGGCGGGCAGGUGACGUCGGUCGUCUUCGGCGGGCUCGCCGUCUUCGCCGGGUUCAGCACGCUUGCGAGCAAGUACGCCUCGUUGGUUGUCAUGGCCCUGUGGCUCCCCGUCAUCGGCCUGCAGGCCAACAUCCUGAGCAUGCUCGUGUGCGUGUGGCCCCUCGCGCUCUUGAUCGCGAUCUGGUUCAUCGAGAGUGCGCGCGGCCUCCGAUUCUACAUCCUCUUCCUCGGCGUCCUGAGCACCUUCUACAUCGUCUGGGACACGAUGGACGACUUUCUGCACCGGAAGCGGAACGAGUGCUGCGUCGUCAUGCUCGAGUCGAACACGGCCGUCCCAGCUUUUGUCUGGUUCCUCGUCUGGCUCGCCAUCUCGUGCGUCGUCGUCGUCGGCUGCAUCCUCGGCGCCCUCGCGCUCUUCCGACAGACCGAGCACGGGAUGUACUGCGAGGGCCAGACGUUCGCGCCGACGUAGCCUUGACCGGCAGCAAUGUAUGACGGCGUCGUCCGUCCUUCAUCGAGCGCAGC